AUGAGGAGUCAGGGGAGAAGAAGCCAGCACAAGGAGAAGACGGAGGAGAAGGAGAAGAAGAAGACCGCCGUCGCUCCAAACAACGUGCCAUCGAGGCCGUCCCGUCUUUCACACAGGGUCCAAUUAAAUUACACACCAGCCGCAGCGCCGCCGCCGGCGUAUAUAGUUAUAUUCAUUGUUUACUUUUCGCCCCACCCGCCAUCCCCCCCACUUUAUGGCCACGCGCAACGGCCGGCGGAGGUGAGCGACGGUGGAGGAAAAAUGAAAGAAGCUCGGCAUGGUGAACUGUAUGGAGAAAGCGUACACUUUUUAGUUUUUAAAAAUCGGUCUACCGGUCUGUCGGGAAAAUAAUGAUAAAAUUUUUGAAAAUUAAAUUUUUUAAAAAAUUUACGUGAAAAAGCAUGUUUGACUUUGAAGGGUCAUAACUCGACGUAGGAUUAAUCAUCUUUAAUGAUCUUUUUUUUGAACAAAAUAGCAACUACCGUAGAAUAAAAUGAGCUAUUGCUCAUAAAAAUUGAACAAUCCUAUAAAAAGUUAUAAGCAUUUUACAUCCGCGAACUUAGCUGAACCACCCUGUAUAUAGCAUGCAAAAUCGUAUUGCCGAAGAGAAAAUGAAUAAAUGAAUCGUGUCGCGACAAAAACAAAUUGCUUUUCACUUCAGCGACACAUUUUGUGCUCAUUAUUUUCCCGACAGUCUGAUACUACUAGCGCUCAAAAGCUCGGAAAAUCUAUCGCCAACUCGAUAGAUUUUCCAAAAAAUGUCGUUGGUUCAAGAACAGGAAAUUACCGCGAUAAGCGGGAAAAAUUUAAAAAUGUCCAGACACUUUGUGAAAAUGCUAAUAGUAGUGCUUUCAUAAAGUGCAUAGACAUUUUCUCUCUUUUACAGAGGGCAUUUCGAGCUUUUUCCCACGCUUGUCGCCAACGAACAGUGUAUUUUCUCUUUUUUUUUUGCGAUGCACAGUGCACACCUCAAUAUCUAAAAAGCCGUUUGCACUGUGCAAAUUUUUGAGCAAAACCGCGGCUACGCCGAUCGAAAAAAGCGAUAUUUUCGAUGCACAGUGCAAAAAAAAAGAAAAAUAAAAAAGAAAAAUCGACGGUGCAAAGUGGGGUUUUUUGUGCACGGUGCAGGCCGCAACUAAUGCCCAUGUACUAUGUGAAAAUACUAUAGAACGAAACCUGUCUAAAUUUAAAAACGGUCUCCGGCUCCGAACCCCGGCAAAUGUGCAAAAUUUUUUUAAACAUUUUUUCAAAAGUAAAAUUUCUUAGUGCCAGAGAUCACACAGCCAACGUUUUUGCAGCCAAGUCGUACGCAGCACAUCCUUCCCGGUAUUUUUCAAGCAAUUCGGUUUAAAAAAGAUCAUAAAAUUUUUACUUUUCUGAACGCUGAGAAGCCUGGCUCCGGCUUUGGGCUAGGGAGCCGGAGCCGCACCCAAAAUUUCCGGCUCCGGCUCUGGCUCCCGGCUCGGAGCCGGAGCCGCUGAGAGCCGGAGCCAAGAGCCGGCUCCGGAGUCGUGGCAAUCUCUGCUCCAUUCCCCAUAG